GUUUCUUGAAAACUUUUCAUGUUGACAGUUCAAUGUGACAUAAAAUUUGCUGUAUUAUAAAACACUAAGAGUUGGCUCUAUUGAACACUUAUUGUUUAUGUUUAAUUGAGAACUACAAAAAUCUAGACCUUGUGUAGGAUGUGUGACUGAUAUCCCUGCUUGAAAAUGAAAUCAUACACAGACAUUUCGAUAAAUAUCGACUUGGUUGCAUCGGCCCUCAAUCAUUUACAGUUUCUAGAAGAAUGUGACAAGCAUACAGUUUUGAGAGAUGAAAGGUUUUUGCGUCAAGCACUGUAUAGGUACCAGUACUUUUGGUUACCUCUGGCAGCUAAACAUAAGAAAAAGGUUUUGGAAGCGCCGCUAGAUAUAGCCUGGGUGUGGCACUGUCACAUGCUGUCACCAGCCUCGUACUGUGCCGAUUGUGUCAGAUUACUGGAUGGUGUGAUUGUUGAUCACACUUUAGAAAGAAAUAAAAGUACACGAUCAAAGAUGUUGCAAGAAACAAAGCGCCUUUGGGAGAAAGAAUAUCCUAAUGACCCUUUUGAAAUGGAUUUGAACACUGGAUUUCUGAUACAGCAGUAUAAAAAUGGGCAGACAACUUUCUCUUACAACAUUCUAGAAGCUGCUGGUCGGCAGAAAGAAUUUGGUUAUCAGGUUAGUCUGCCCCACUACACAGAUAAAAAGUUUCUGGAGAGUUCCCUUGUCAGGUACAAAAAAUUUCUGUACCUGAAGACUCAGCGACCAAACAUGUUCAUAGUUCCCUGUUACGACAUUGAUCUAAUGUGGCACACACAUCAGCUCUACCCUAAGACUUACAAAGAGGACACGGAGAGGUUGUUCAAUAAAAUUUUUAACCAUGAUGACAGUGUCACAGAUCGGAAUGAGGGAUCCAAGCUUUACAAUUCUGACUUGGCUACAAGAGAAGCUUGGAAAGAAGUGUUUUCUGAGAACUUUGCCUUAUUUGGAGCCAUGUACAGGGGAGAGAACCCAGUAGGAAAGCUGCAAACAAUCAAGCCAGAAGAAAUCAUGCUGAUGAGAACCAGAAUAUCAAACCUAGCUUUUGAAAGAGUGGAGAUGAAAGCAUCUCCAGCCACCAUAGGCAAGCCUCGCUUGAGUGUGUCCACUGCAGUCAAUUCAAAGCAGGAGAAGCUCAUCUCAACCCUCAAAGGCCCCAAAAAAGUUUGGCAGAGCAAGUCACUUUUCCAUGUGAACUUCAAUACCCGCUCUGUAAACUGCUUGAUGUUCAGCCUGCUAGAUGUGGUUGGUUGGGGCUUCUUUGGCCCAGACUCAGAAGUAACUAUCAUGAGCACCACCUUUGACAUGCUGCCAGUGCUUGAAGCCAUCCCUUUUGGACAGAGGUCCACGCAGGAGCUUAUCACCACCCAGCACCGGAACUUUAAGAUAGACUUUAAAGUCAACAUUGGCCCAGUGAAGAAGGGACCCUUAUUAUUGUACCUGAAGGCAGGCCUGUAUGAGAGAGCUGUCAUACCAGAGCACUUAGAAAGUAUGUGGGGUCCUAUCCCUCUCCCACGUCUACCACCUGGGGCAGAAAACUGGUGUGAAGUGGCAUCUCACAAGGUGACUAACCACAGAGGAGUGCCAUUGUUCACAUGUCGCCUGAUCCACUCCCAGCCAUUGCUUCAGUCAGCUGUACAUGUAUUUUACCAGGACAAAAUGGUGGCUGUUGGUCAUUUAGUGGGCACUGACCAGUUGCCGACCCCCAUUCAAGCAAAAAAAAGAAAACAGUGUGUGACCUUGAACCCAAGAGCAGCUGACAGGGCAGUUCUUAUCAAGAACCACUCAGGGGAUUGGGCUGCAGUGGUUGGUAGAUGGAUAGGUCAAACUCGAGGGGUUGCUGGAGUAGACAGUACCCCAGGUAGGGCUGGCAGGAGAGGUGUGCAUGGAAAUGCUGGAACUCUGCAUGUGAAGAUCUGGAGAAUGAAAGAACGAGAUCUUCAAGAAGUCGUGCUCUCAUAUGACCGUUCCAUUUACACGUUAAGUGUUGCUGGGGUUAGCAUUGACCUCAAGGCAGGAGUUGUCAUGGUGGAUGAGCACUGUGAUGAUGUGGCUGAGGCUCUAGCCCUGGCCUUCAGCAUAUCCUUGCUGCAUGUGCUGUGCCAGCCCCGCCCUAAGGACUGGAAGCCUGGAAAGACUAUAGAGUCCUGUGCUGAAACUCGUGGAACAAAAAAGGUCACCUAUGUUCCUUCUGAGGACCUGGCCUUUAUCAUGGCUGCAGGCUUCCUGAUGGCCAUCCAAGCAAUCAUUUUGUGGCACAAACCUACGGGGUACACGCAUGCGCUGGCUGUGGUGGAGGGGAUGUUGUGGCUAGUGAUUUUAGUGGUGUUGACUGCGGUAGUGUCGGGGGUGGUGAGUGUGGGGGUUGUGGUGGAUGUGGUGGCUGUGGUGGAGGUGGUGAUGGAGGAGGAUAUUAUGGUGGUGGAUGUGGAGGUGGGAGUUGAGGAGGAGGAUGUGGUGGUGGGUGUGGUGGAGGGUGUGGAAGCUAAAACACACAUAACACACAGCUCUCCUGCUAGCUAA